GAACGAACUAAAACCCGCGAUCUGAAGCGACUAGUCGAAGGCGGCGGCGGCGGCGAUGGGGAGCGACCUGGAGACGGAGAAGAAGAAGACCCCGGUGGCGCUGAUGCCCAUCGCGAAGCCUCUCGCUGGAAAGAAGCUCUGCAAGCGGACCCUCAAGCUCGUGCGACGAGCCUCUGAGGCCAAGUGCCUCAAGCGCGGAGUCAAAGAGGUAGUCAAGAGCAUUCGCCGCGGGAACAAAGGGUUGUGUGUGAUUGCUGGAAAUAUUUCUCCUAUUGAUGUGAUUACACACGUUCCAAUACUAUGUGAGGAAUCUAAUGUUCCUUACAUAUAUGUUCCAUCAAAAGAGGAUCUUGCGACCGCAGGAACCACUAAGAGGCCAACUUGUUGCGUCCUGGUUCUGACCAAACCAAACAAGGGGGAGCUCAGUGACGAGGUGAAGGAUAAACUGAAGUCAGACUAUGACCAAGUUGUAACGGAAGUUGCUGAGGCUACAUCUGCAAUGUUCUAAGGACCAUUCAGGGACCACAUCAUCUGAGAAUCAUGCAGCUACAUUCUUGGCGUACUAUGUAACCUGAUCCCUGUCAGUCUGCCCUGCUUGCGUGAACCGCACCAGUAUGCUUUGCAUGGUGGCUGGAGGGAUAUGACUAUAUGAGUUUACCUAUAUAUUAUGGACUAUCCUUGUUGGCGUAUUGUUUUAUUAACGAUUAUAUUUAGCCAGUUAUAAUCCGUUAGGUGAGCAGAUUGUUUGCUUGGGUUACCAGAUCUUGGUAGCCAGUGGGUGCGGUUCCAGGUCUUCUGUUGAUGACUUAUCACAAGAUGUGCUUGUGAUUCCCGUGUAUGAGGAAUUGCGACAUCGUAGAGGCGUAGGCUAUGUUCAGUAGAUCGUGCCUUGCCUCGUGUAUAAUAAUACUGUUUUGUAUCGUAGACAAUAUUGUUUACAGAGAUGAUGAUGAGUAAGCUGCUGGACAUAGCCAGUGCCUUAUAUCAGGGUUAGUUUU